AUGACAAAGGCAGAAAAGGCAGCCCUCAUUUUUGGAUUAGGAUAUACUGCUCUAUUGGCUGUAUAUUCAAUUGUGAAACCAAGAAUAACUCAACGAUCUAAAAGUGAAAGUUUGAUUGAAAGAAGGAAUGAAAUAUUAAAUAAGGAUAAUAUGAGAGUGCUCUAUAGUAUAAUUCCAGCAAAUGAACAUCCAUCAUUUUAUGAUUAACUGUAUACUUAGUAAAAUGGAUUGAAAGAAGUCACUAAAAUUGGAAAGGUGAAAAUACCAGAGAACUAAUAUAAUUAUUUUUGUUGA